CUAAUUGUUCCAGAUGAGAUGGCGACAGACUGGCAGCAUGGGCAUACAACUAGCGGCGGCCAUAUUUUGCAUGCUGCCUCUCUACACAUCAUCCACGGGAGAUAUACGGCAUCACGGCAUAUCAAGAGCUCGCGGUUGGCGCGCAGGCGUGCAGCCGUCCGCUGACGUCACAGCUAACAAUACGGUCAGCAACAUCACAGCACAGCUGGGCGGUACUGCCUACCUCCACUGCCUUGUCGGGCACUUGAGCGAAAGAGGGCAAGUAUCUUGGAUAAGAAAGCGUGACUGGCAUAUCCUGAGCUCUGGGAAGUUCACAUACACCAACGAUGAGAGGUUUCAGGUCUUACACGGUGAAGGGUCUGAAGACUGGACCCUACAAAUCAAGUUUGUGCAGAAGAGGGACAAUGGCACUUAUGAAUGUCAGGUGUCAACCAGAACGGGCAUCGUGUCCCACUAUGUUCGACUGCAGAUAGUGGUGCCAGAAGCCUUCAUCCUUGGCUCAGGGGAGCACCAUGUGGAUAUGGGUAGCGUCAUCCAUCUCAUCUGCAUUGUUGAAAAGAGCCCAACACCACCACAGUACGUAUUCUGGUACCACAACGACCGUAUGAUCAACUAUGACGCGACGCGGGGCGGGAUAACUGUUGAGACUGAGCCUGGAGCCCGCACGCAGUCCCGGCUGACAGUCCGAGGAGCCACGCUGAAAGACUCCGGAAACUACACCUGCAGCGCGAGCAACACUGAGCCCGCUUCCAUUCAUGUCUUCGUUUCGGAAGGCAGCAACAAGAUGGCUGCCAUACUCCGACGCAACACUAGCGCCAUCCACGGUAUUACAACCAGUGGCACCUGUCUCCUGCUCCUAACCUCAAUACUACUGCACUUCGGUCUCCGAUGA